UCAGCGAGACAGGGACAACUCUAUUUUAUUCUCCUGGGGAGCUCAUCGGCGGCCGAAUCACGCAUGACUGCAAUCCUAGUCGGCCCGUUUCCUACUAUUUGGAAGUCCUGUUGGCCCUGGCGCCCUUUGGGAAGUUCCCAGUGGAAGCUCGACUGAGGGGAAUCACGCACAGCGAAGGAUUCCUCAGCGUUGAUACUAUUCGUACCGUAACUUUGCCAAUUCUGGCCAAGCUGGGCGUGAAUGCUGACAAUUUGGCCUCAACUGCUCAGGCCUUGAAGGUUGAAUCUAGAGGCGAUCCGGCUGCGCCCGGAAUAGUGUCUUUCACCUGUCCAAUCGUCAAGGGUAUUCCACCGAUAGAGCUCUCGAAUGAGGGCAGGGUAAGGAGAGUCAGGGGCGUUGCAUGGACUAGCAAGGUGUCACCACAGUAUGCUCCGAUGAUGAUCGAUUCGUGCCGGGCUGUGCUGAAUCCAUACUUGGCUGACGUGUGGGUCUUCACGGAUGCUGCGAAGAAGUUGUCGAAAGAGGCCCGAGGAGGAUAUGGUCUGAGCUUGGUGGCAGAGACGGAAACAGGCGCGUUGAUCAGUGCCGAUGGGAUGUCUGAAGCCGAGGCCACCUCUUCCCAUACAGUGACAGAGCCUGAGAAACUCGGAGAGGAAGUAGCGCGCGCCCUGCUGGGUGAGCUCGACUGUGGUGGAGUAGUUGACCGACAACACCAAUGGCUCGCUGCUCUAUUCAUGAGCAUGGCUGGAGACUACAAGGUCUCCACCGCUGUGUUUGGUCAGAAGCUCACGCCCUACACUGUAGCGUUGCUACGUAACAUACGCGAUUUCAUGGGUGUGCGCUUCAAGUUUACUACCCAGCAAACUGAGGAGGAGGUCCUACUAGACGAGCUAGAUGAGGAGAAGGUCAAGGCUGUGAGUCGGUCGGUGAAGCUGAGAUGUGUUGGAGCCGACCUCAAGAAUGCCACUCGGAGGACUUUCUGA